CGCCGCGGCUGCGCAGUUUGGGGGAGGCUUUUAAUUCCAUUGUGGAGAGGACGGCGUUAUUUUUAUUAACUGGAGGCGACGGCGGCUGCGGCGGCGGCGGAACCCGCCUCCUCCGGGGUAUGAAAAUCGGCAGCGGGUUCCUGAGUGGCGGCGGUACCGGCAGUAGCGGUGGUAGCGGCGCCGGCGGCCGUGGUGGUAGCGGCGGAGGCAGCAGCAGCAGGAGGGCAGAGAUGGAACCCACCUUUCCCCAGGGUAUGGUUAUGUUCAACCACCGGCUUCCCCCGGUCACCAGCUUCACCCGGCCGGCGGGGUCGGCCGCCCCUCCCCCGCAGUGCGUGUUAUCCUCCUCUACCUCCGCAACCCCGGCCGCUGAGCCCCCCCCUCCGCCAGCCCCGGACAUGACUUUCAAGAAGGAGCCGGCGGCGUCAGCAGCGGCCUUCCCCACGCAGAGGUCCUCCUGGGGACUCUUGCAGUCUUUGGUUAGCAUCAAACAGGAGAAACCAACGGAACCUGAGGAGCAGCAGUCCCACCACCACCAUCACCACCACCACUUUGGAGGGCUGUUUGCUGGGGCUGAAGAGAGAUCUCCAGGCCUCGGAGGCGGGGAAGGAGGGAGCCACGGCGUCAUCCAGGACCUCAGCAUUCUCCACCAGCAUGCCCAGCAGCAACCAGCCCAGCACCACCGCGAUGUGUUACUAAGCAGCAGUAGCAGGACUGAUGAUCAUCAUGGCAGUGAGGAGCCAAAGCAGGACACAAAUGUCAAAAAGGCAAAGAGGCCAAAGCCAGAAUCUCAGGGAAUUAAAGCCAAGAGGAAGCCAAGUGCAUCAUCCAAACCAUCUUUGGUUGGAGAUGGAGAAGGUGCCAUCCUCUCCCCAAGUCAGAAACCUCAUAUCUGUGAUCACUGUAGUGCUGCUUUCCGAAGCUCCUAUCACCUGCGGAGACAUGUCCUCAUUCAUACAGGAGAAAGACCUUUCCAGUGCAGCCAGUGUAGUAUGGGUUUCAUUCAGAAAUAUCUCUUGCAGAGACAUGAGAAAAUCCAUAGUCGUGAGAAGCCAUUUGGAUGUGAUCAAUGCAGCAUGAAGUUUAUUCAGAAGUACCAUAUGGAAAGACACAAGAGGACACAUAGUGGAGAAAAGCCAUAUAAAUGUGACACUUGCCAACAGUAUUUUUCCAGAACUGAUAGAUUGUUGAAGCACAGGCGUACAUGUGGUGAAGCCAUAGCUAAAGGAGCAGCUAGUGCAGAACCUGGGUCAUCAAACCAUAACAGUAUGGGUAAUCUGGCUGUGUUGUCUCAGGGAAAUACAAGUUCUUCAAGGAGAAAGACGAAGUCAAAAAGCGUAGCUGUUGAAAAUAAGGAACAUAAGACUGGUAAAACAAACGAAUCACAAAUUUCAAAUAAUGUAAGCAUGCAGAGUUACUCAGUAGAGAUGCCAACAGUGUCUUCCAGUGGAGGCAUAAUUGGCCCUGGUAUAGAUGAAUUACAGAAAAGGGUGCCAAAAGUCAUCUUUAAAAAAGGAAGUCGCAAAAAUACAGACAAGAACUACCUUAAUUUUGUGUCACCAUUACCAGACAUAGUUGGACAGAAAUCCUUGUCUGGGAAACCAAGUGGCUCACUUGGCAUAGUAUCAAAUAAUAGUGUGGAGACCAUUAGUCUUCUCCAAAGUACAAGUGGCAAACAAGGUCAAAUAAGUAGUAAUUACGAUGAUGCCAUGCAGUUUUCAAAGAAAAGAAGAUAUUUACCAACUGCCAGCAGCAACAGUGCCUUUUCUAUAAACGUAGGACACAUGGUCUCCCAGCAGUCCGUCAUUCAGUCUGCAGGUGUCAGUGUUUUGGACAAUGAGGCGCCAUUGUCACUUAUUGACUCCUCGGCUCUAAAUGCUGAAAUUAAGUCUUGUCAUGACAAGUCUGGAAUACCUGAUGAGGUUUUACAAAGUAUUUUGGAUCAAUACUCCAACAAAUCAGAAAGUCAGAAAGAGGAUCCUUUCAACAUAACUGAGCCACGAGUGGAUUUACACACCUCAGGAGAACACUCAGAAUUGGUUCAAGAAGAAAAUUUGAGCCCAGGCACCCAAACACCUUCAAAUGAUAAAGCAAGUAUGUUACAGGAAUAUUCCAAAUACCUCCAGCAGGCUUUUGAAAAAUCCAAUAACGCAGGUUUUACUCUUGCACCCAGUUUCCAGUUUGUCAGUUUGUCUUCACCUCUCCACAACCACACUUUAUUUCCAGAAAAACAAAUAUACACUACAUCUCCUUUAGAGUGUGGUUUUGGCCAAUCUGUUACCUCAGUGUUGCCAUCUUCAUUGCCAAAGCCUCCUUUUGGGAUGUUAUUUGGAUCUCAGCCAGGUCUUUAUUUAUCUGCUUUGGAUGCUACACAUCAGCAGUUGACACCUUCCCAGGAGCUAGAUGACCUGAUUGAUUCUCAGAAGAACUUAGAGACUUCAUCAGCCUUCCAGUCCUCAUCUCAGAAAUUGACUGGCCAGAAGGAACAACAGAAAAAUUUAGAGUCCUCAACAAGCUUUCAGAUUCCAUCUCAGGAGUUAGCUAGCCAGAUAGAUCCUCAGAAAGACAUAGAGCCUAGAACAACAUACCAGAUUGAGAACUUUGCACAAGCAUUUGGUUCUCAGUUUAAGUCGGGCAGCAGGGUGCCAAUGACCUUUAUCACUAACUCUAAUGGAGAAGUGGACCAUAGAGUAAGGACUUAAGUGUCAGAUUUCUCAGGGUAUACAAAUAUGAUGUCUGAUGUAAGUGAGCCAUGUAGUACAAGAGUAAAGACACCCACCAGCCAGAGUUACAGGUAA